AUGAACUUGAAUAUAGGACCGGAAAAAACAGCAAUAAUGCCAAUCAUAACAAAAAAUAGGAAAAAUAUUAUAACUCCCCCCCCUCCGUGAGUGAACAAAACCAUUAGAAAAAUCGCUAUAUUUUUUGCCCAAAAACCCACCCUCCGUGAGUGAACAAAAAUUUUUAUGAAAAAAAUUUUGAUAUAUAAAUGAUAAAUUAGCAUAAUGAAAUAUAGGGCUAAUUCUGUUUAAUUUUAAACGAAUUGCUUUUUAAAACAUAAAUUUUAUAAAUAAAAUGAAUAUUUGCUUUCCAAUUUUUGCGAAUCAGGAUUUUUUUUUAAAUUUCGAAAAAAAAAUUUUUAUAAAGUUUAUAUAUAAAUUUUUUUAAAAAAAAAACUAACCCCCCUCUGUGAGUGAACAAAAUUUUUUGUUCACUCACGGAGGGGGGGGAGUAAGUAAACUACCUAAAAUAUCAUACCAAAAUCAUGAAAUACCAGUUGUUGAAAAAUAUAAAUAUUUAGGCAAAAUAAUGAAUGGAAAUAUAAGAGGUUCAGGAUUCGACCAAGCGCAUUAUAAAUACCUCAAAGAUAAAGCAAAAAUAUCUACUUGCUCUCUAAUCCCUAUGAUUAGAAGAAUGCUUAACAUCCCAAGUAAAACUCUUAUAAACUGCUUCAAAGCAAUAUUCUUACCAAGAUGCACACAUGGUCUUGAAAUAUGCUCAAGAAUUAAAUGCAAAACUGCAAUUAAACAAAUUCAAAGAUCAUUCAAUAAGAUUAUAAGAGAAUGUUGCCAUGUUUAUGACAAAACACCUAUUGAACCCAUAUUACUUGAUUUAAAUAUUCCAACAGUACAACAAUAUACUGACCAAAAAUCAUUGAUAUUUUUACAAAAAAUUUGUGAAUUAACACAUAUAUCUGAGAUUGCAAUCCAUUUCCUAAGAAAUUUCGAUAAUGCAAUUACACCGACAAUGAAAAUCUACCAAGAAAUGCUUCAAAAAUAUAAUUUUACAAAACCAUUCGAUUUUAAUAACAACAUGAUUAGUUGAAAUGACAAAAAUUGAAAGGGAAAUGUCAAAGAUAAACUUAGAAUCUAUUGAAGAAACGAAAACAUGAGCAUAAUCAAUAAAAAAGUAACAUUAAAGAUGCUUAAAGAAUUAAGGAAUCAAACUUUACCACGAAUAAACUCCCAAAAUUCUGAAUACUGAAUAAAAACCUAA